UUUAAUGUCUGAGAUUCUUCCUCCCAAUAUAAAGGGCCUUGCUGGAAGCAUAGCUACUCUUUCCAACUGGUUUUUUUGCUGGGUGGUUACGAUGACUGCAAACUUGCUAUUGACUUGGAGCACUGGAGGAACCUUUACCAUAUACAUGGUCAUCAGUGCUUUUGCUGUGGCAUUCGCGGCCAUUUGGGUCCCUGAGACCAAAGGCAGAACUCUGGAAGAAAUUCAGCGCUCCUUCAGAUGAUGUUUCAUCUUUUCAAUUUUAUAUUUUUUUCCCCAUAGCAGGGAAUUUCUGCUAUUCCCAUUUUGAAAUGAUUUCUCAGUAUUGCAUUAUGAAUAUGUAGCAUUAACAUUUUUCCCAAUCACCAUAAAUGAAGGCAUGAUUUGGUGGUGGUGAUCAGCUACGGUGGAGAAAGAAAUGAGAUUUGGUUUGACCGAUGGGUAAUUUUAG